CAGGUUGUGCUAGUUUCUGCUACACUUCCACAUGAAAUCCUGGAGAUGACCAGCAAGUUUAUGACAGAUCCCAUCCGUAUUCUCGUGAAAAGAGAUGAAUUGACUCUUGAAGGCAUCAAGCAGUUUUUUGUGGCAGUUGAGAGAGAAGAAUGGAAGUUUGACACCCUCUGUGAUCUCUAUGACACCCUGACCAUUACACAGGCAGUCAUAUUCUGCAACACAAAGAGGAAGGUUGAUUGGCUGACUGAGAAGAUGAGGGAAGCUAAUUUUACUGUCAGUGCUAUGCAUGGAGACAUGCCUCAAAAGGAGAGAGAUGCCAUCAUGAAAGAGUUUCGAAGUGGUGCCACUCGUGUGCUAAUCACCACUGACAUUUGGGCCAGAGGUAUUGAUGUUCAGCAAGUCUCUCUUGUCAUCAACUAUGACCUACCCAACAAUCGAGAACUCUACAUACACAGGAUUGGUCGAUCUGGCCGUUUUGGCCGGAAGGGUGUGGCUAUUAAUUUUGUGAAGAAUGAUGACAUCAGGAUCCUGCGAGACAUUGAACAGUACUACUCCACACAGAUUGAUGAAAUGCCCAUGAAUGGGAAA